GUGAUCCAUGACGCGCCUGGCCGUUCUGCGUUCCGUGCAAACGUCCGUAUAAAUGUGUCAACAAUCGCUGCGAUUCGAAGACGAUUUUUCUCGUUUCCAGCGACGAUAAUCCCGGACAUACCAAGAUCCGAGAGAUGUCAUGAAUUUUUCGGUAUGCGAGUUCUCGCUGGGCAGACAACGGUGCAGGCAAUGGGUGCCGCUGAUCACGCAGCAACUGCGGCUGAGACACGUAUACCAAAUUUUGGCGUUCAAUUUGCGAGGCGACGUCAAAGGUAGCGGCGGCUUUUACUUCACGCUGCACCGCACGUCGAUGAGCUCGCCGUUCUACGCGAGCGCCAAGGCCUCGGGCCGCCACCCCAAAUGGCCCGAGGUGGUAUCCGACGAGGCGAACAACUCGUCGGCGGCCGACGUCGUGGUGAGGGUGUGGCGGGCGUCCAAGACGGGCGACGAUGCCGUGGUGCUCGCGUGGGGCGUCAAUUUUUCGGGUCUCGCGUAUUUGGGCAACAAAAUCGCGGACCUGCAACCCGCCUACUUCCGCGACGACACUGUGAUAUUUUUUAUGCGCGGCGGUUACUUUACCAGCCACCUUUACUUGCGGAACGAUCCGACGUCGAAGCCGACGCCACCCCGACUGACCAAAAACCUGAACUUGAUCGACAACGGGCGGGGUAAACUGUUGUACAGGCGGGUGGCGACCAAGAAUCGCGCGGCCGAGACGUUGCCUAGCUACGGCUCCGAGAAGCUGCGCAAGCUGAUCGAACUGCAGGCGAAGAUACGCGAACGGGCGGCGGAUGUGCGGGAGGUGAAGGAAAAAAUUAAAAACUGCAGUCAGAAGUCGGCGGCGGAUCAGGCAGGCGAGUUGACGGGCGUCAGGUUCGCGUCUCAACUGCUGACGAUGAACACGCUGAACAAGAUGCUGCGCGAGAAGCCGACCCAGAGUCAGCGCGACGAGAUGACGCGCGUCAGCAAGGAAAUCGAGGUGGCCAAGUUCAAGAUACGCAUGCUGACCCAGGAGCGCGACAGAAAGUGCGCCUACUUGCGCAAACUGAGAGCGAUGGAGGAGAAGAUGACCGAGGAGAACGAAGAACGAAGUUCCGACCUGAUGGCCCGCUACCACACGCUGAGCAGGGACGGGGAGAAACUGAAAGAGUACAAAAAGAGCCUGCUGCACCACAGGGAAGUGUACGAGCACAUCAGUUCGCAGCUGCACCACAGGCAGGCGCAGUUGCUGCGCAUGCUGCUCGCCAUCUACCCGAUACGUCAAAACGCCGACGGGAAGUAUACGAUUCACGGCGUCCACCUGCCCAACUCGGACGUCUUGGCGGAAUGCUCGGAUACGGGGCUGUCAGUCGCCCUCGGUUUCGUCACCCACACCCUGGUGAUGUGCUCAAUAUUCCUGCAGGUGCCGCUGCGGUACCCGAUGGUCCAUAUGGGGUCCAUGUCUAUCAUCACGGACCAAACGUCACCCCUGUUUCCCGACAACGAGCGGCAGUUCCCGUUGUUCACCAAGGGCAAAGAAAAGGUGCAUUUCGGCUACGCGGUGUACUUGCUGAACAAAAAUCUGGCCCAGUUCCGUUGGUUGACGUAUCUCCACACCCCCGACCUGCGCGCCACCUUACCGAACUUGCUGCAGUUUUUGCAGUCGGGCAGGUACUCGAGGUCCGACACCCCGGUGCUCAGCAGUCUGGAAAACGUGGCCGCGGCUGACCGAUCGUCCCUCGACAAAUGGGUUAGUUUGACCUCUAUCGGUACUUCGAUGAGCUCUAGUGUUAACGAUCCUAUUCUAGAAAGUGUGAGGCGCGAGAUAAAAUCGCAAAACGCGGCGCUCAAGGCGCCCCACAAACGACCGAAACAGGGCGGCAGAGGUCUUGGCGAGAUACUCGCCAUACCCGAGGCGUAUUUGAACCGGCAAAUCAGCAGGGACCUGUUUGAGCGGUUCGUCAGCUCGAGGGACUUCGCCCCGAACGCAGGCGUACGCGACGAAGGCAACGUGGCUAUUAAAAUAAAGGAAGGCACCGAGGAGAGAGAAGAGACGACGGAUCCGAUGAACGUGGAGCAAGGCACCGACACUUUGGACCCGUCGUUCAAUUUCGCGACCAAAUCGAUCGAUAUACAUUCCGGCCGGCAAACCAACCAGAGGCGGCGGCUUAGUCGUUCUAUGGGCUCCUACACGGACGAGGAGAGCGAUGACGGUCUUUCGAAGAGCCUUUUGGGGCUCGGCUCCGACCCGGCCAUCUACGAGCCGUUAGGGCAGUGCCUCGAGUCGCCGCCGUGGGGCCCGUUGACCGAGCGCACCGACAAACUGUUGUUGGUGACGCCAUUCAAUUUGGUCAAAUCGAAACCGACCAAUUAAAUAUACCGUGGUGGACGCGUUUAUUUAUUUCAAAUUUAUAAUAAUGCUAGCGCAAAUAAAGUAAGUUC